GACUGUCCCGCUUGCGAGUUCCAUGCCGCUAAUUUUGCAGAAUUAGUGGCGCAUGUCUGGGUGCAUUCGUCCUCCGGGAAGGAGUGCCGGCCCUGUGUCAUCUGUGGACUGCACAGUCCACGAUUGAAGGAUCAUAUGCGUCUGGAGCACCCGCAAGAAAUGAAACAACUGGGCAAGCACAGUGAUUUUCUCUGCGCGGAAUGCGGCUACACCUUCAAGCUGAAGGCCAACUACACGACGCACAUGAAGAAAGUGCAUCCGCAGUUCCAGUGCUGGUACUGCGCUCGCAUUUUAUAUUCAACAGAGGAGUUCAACGCGCACACCGCGGAACAUGCCGUUGACGGUGUGUACCCGUGCUCGUCGUGCACUGCCACAUUCCCCACGUACGAUGCCUCCAGCGAGCAUUUCCACGAGUGCCACGAUGUGGCCAAUAUGAAGGUGUGCGAGGUUUGUCUGGUGGUGUGCGGCGGACAGCAGAAGUUGGCCGAGCACAUGCAGCGGGAGCACGGUCAGGGAAGCGGGCGGAAGAGGAAGCGAGUCAGGAAAUCUGCACCAAAAAGUGGCGGGGAAAACGGCAGCAUGCCCGUGUAGCUUGUUGCUGUGGUUCGCAUUGAUUCAACACUGGCCAAAGAAAGGAAUAAUUUUUUCCAGGAUUGAGCCCACAUGAAGGAAAAUGCGGGUUAUAGUCUUGGAGCUGGUAAAGGGGUCAUUACAGCAGUAUCGUGUGACAAGGGUACCGGACUGCCGUUUCACGUUGCCUGCUCCAAACCUACGUACGUUCUUGCGGGACGAAGAAGUACGAAUCGGCGUGGCACUUCGUUUUGGACUUCCAGUAGCAGGUUAACACGAUUGUGUGAACUGCGGAAGCCAUGUAGAAACGAACGGCCACCAUGGCCUUUCUUGUUCCAGCAGCAGAGGCAGAUGGUCUAGACAUACCGAACUAAAUGCCGAAACAAAGCGGGCUUUGGAGCAUGCUGGGUAUCCAUGUCAAAGCGAGCCACUCGGACUGUCAGGCGAAGAUAACACGCGGCCAGACGGCAUGACCAGUGCCGGUACGGGAUGGUAAGGCGCUGGUAUGGGACGCCACAUGCUGGGACACAGUAGCUGCAUCGCAUGUCCGGGCAAGUGCGAGCGCAUCCGGUAGUGUUGCACAUAUGGCCGAAGACUGCAAACGCCGUAAAUACGCCCACGUGGAAAGGAUGGGUUACCUGUUUUACGCCCUGGCAGUCGAAACUUUUGGCACAUUCGGUUCGGAUUUUAUGGAGCUCAUCCGUUUCGCUGGCAGAAAGAUUCGCGACGUGACCGGGGAACCUCGUUCUACUGCAUUUUUGAAGCAGAGAUUAAGUCUGGCUGUAGUAAAAGGAAACGCUGCCGCUGUUUUGGGCACCUUGAAUAUGCGUCCUAGGAUUUUUGACGGCGAUAACGAUUUUGGUUGUUUUUUUAACGUUUAAACUUGUAUCAUUUUAAGUAGUAUUACGCGUAUGCACUUUUGUUACACUGAUGGCCUUUGCCCAGUAAACAUUAUUGUAAUUGAUGACUCACAGUUCACAGAGUCAUCAAUGGUUGCUGGUUAAUCUUCUCUGGAUGUCGCAAA